AUGCGUGAAUUCGCAAUCAAACUACAGGAUCCGGACCGCGUCCUAACAGUGGCUUUCGGAGAAGCAACUCCCGAACAAGAACUUUCAUGUCGCCAUCUCGCGGCAGCCGAGUGGAGCAUGCCGCUCAAUAAAGAAGACUAUGUAGAGCAGGGGAUAUAUCUAUCACAGAAGCCACUGGUUAAGAACAAAGGCUGGCGUUUGUGGUGCUUGUACCUCCUGGAUCAUCCUGGUGAGGUUCUCGCAACAUGCAAGACGAUUCCCAGGGAACUUCUGAUUCGCGAUGUCUCCGGCCUUAGCCGAGCGAAGGCCUACUGUAUUGCAAGUGUAGUCGCACAUCCCCAAUACCGAGGCCUGGGGCUCGCAUCGCGACUCUUGGAAUAUGUUAAAGUGUGGCUAGAUGGUCCUGGCGAUGCUGCGGCUAGUAUGUUAUAUACUAGCAUAGGGGAUUUUUACGAACGCAGAGAUUGGGCAAAACUGCCCGCGAUUCAGUCCACGCUGUCAUGGACAGCUGAUUUCUCUCCAUGGACACACAGAGCUGGGCCCCCGGUAACACGUCUAAUACUAAGCACAGAGUUGCCAGAGCUUUGCAGGCAGGAUAUGAGAGACGUUGAGAACUACUUUGAUAAGCUUACCGUACAGCCCGAUGAGUUUCAUGUGUCUGUACUUCCAACUGCUGAUCUCAUAUCAUGGCUUCACGAUCGGAGCAACUUCAUUGGUGCCAAGAUAGAGCCAGCACCACCACGAAGUCAUGGCAGUAUAUGUGAUGGUGCGGAUAUUUGGUUAUAUUGGUAUCACGAUUUUCGAAAGCAACAGCUAGCAGUUCAGAGAGUCCGAAUUCAGCAAGCACCGAGUCAGAUACACCAUGAGGCGCUUGCAGCUAUGUUGAUGGAUGCUGUCGAAGAAGCUUGUAGAUGGAAGCUGACUAAGGUCGUCCUCUGGGAGCCCCAUGCCGAAUUGUUCGGCGCCAUGCAUAUUCUGCAAGAGAAGUUUAACAUAAAGUCAGAGACCUUCGCAAGGCAUAAUAAGAGUAUUCCAUCAUUGAGGUGGCACACAGACCGAGAAAGGAGCACCACCUUUCACUUCAAUGAGUUCUAUACCUGGAGCUAA